UACACAUUGAUUUAUUGUAAGUGAAGCAGCAUGCUCGAGUAGGACGCUGUCUGCAUUUGGAUUUGUUAUGAUUUUAUAAAAAUCUGUCCGCAUUUGGAGGUGAAGCCGAUUCCAGCACGAGAGCUGUCCGGCACUGACGGAUGCUGCUGGCGCGUGAACCGAUGAUGCUGAGCUCGAGCUGCUGAAAUCCUCCUCCUCCUCCUCUCUCUGUUUCUCUCUCUCUCUCCUCUUCUCUCCCUCCUCGCUCCUCUCCUCUCCUCCACACGCACAAAACGCUCUGUCAUGGCGUCUUCCAACCAUGUUACCCCCACCAACUGUAGCUGGUGGCCCAUCUCAGCCAUGGAUGAAGACGGCAAAAUCACAGACGGGGAGGAGUGCGAAGAACCGACGGCAGAGCCCAAACCCUUCAAUAAAGACAGGCUGGUUUUGUACCACUGGACGCAGUCUUUCACCUCUCAAAAGGUACGUCUAGUCAUUAAUGAGAAGGGUCUGGUCUGCGAGGAGAGGGAUGUGAGCUUGCCGCUGCAGGAGCACAAGGAGCCCUGGUUCAUGAGGCUGAACCUGGGCGAGGAGGUGCCCGUCUUCCUCCACGGCGACACCAUCAUCAGUGACUACAACCAGAUUAUAGAUUACCUGGAGAAAAACUUUGUGGGAGACACGGUGGCUCAGCUGGUUCCUGACGCAGACUCGCCUCUCCACGAUCGAGUGCAGCAGUACCGUCAGCUACUGGAUGGCCUCCCAAUGGACGCUUACACACACGGCUGCAUCCUCCAUCCGGAGCUCACCACUGACUCUAUGAUCCCAAAGUACGCCACCGCAGAAAUACGUAGACACCUGGCGAACGCUGCGACGGAGCUGAUGAAGUUGGACCACGAGGAGCCUCAGCUGACAGAACCGUACCUUUCCAAGCAGAAGAAGCUCAUGGCAAAAAUCUUGGACCACGAUAAUGUGAACUACCUGAAGAAAAUUCUGGGGGAGUUAGCCAUGGUUCUAGAUCAAGUGGAGGCCGAGCUGGAGAAAAGAAAACUAGAGUAUCAAGGUCAGAAGUGUGAGUUGUGGCUAUGUGGACCUGAAUUUACACUAGCUGACGUCUGCCUCGGAGCCUUGUUGCACAGGCUCAAGUUCUUGGGACUUUCUAAGAAAUACUGGGAGGACGGCAGCCGACCCAACCUGCAGUCCUUUUUUGUGCGUGUGCAAAAACGCUACGCUUUCCGCAAGGUCUUGGGCGACAUCCACACGACCCUUCUGUCGGCGGUCCUACCCAACGCCUUCCGGAUGGUAAAAAAGAAGCCACCGUCCUUCUUCGGGGCCUCUUUUCUCAUGGGCUCGCUGGGAGGGAUGGGCUACUUUGCCUACUGGUAUUUAAAAAAGAAAUACAUGUAGUGAAUGCCCUCUUGUUGUGUUAAAUGUCUGUGUAUUUGUGUGAUGUUUCAACUUUUCUGUAAUGUUUUAUGACUGCAGGAAAACAUAAUGAAUCUAUAUAGAGAACACUAUUACUUACCUGGGUGAACAAAGAAUAUUAAAACAUUCCAUAAUAAGAAAUCCUUGACAGCACAUUUUCUGGUAAUCAAGGCCUUCAUUGACUUUAAUUUCUGGCAACUUGCGGCCGGCAAGUCUUUGUUUAACUUUUGUUGGAGGCAUGCAUCGGGUCUUCUUACACUGAAAAACUUAAAGAAGAAACCCAGACAAAAUGUUAAACACAGUAACACCAACAGGGGUUAACUGACCUUCGCAUGCCACUAUUAUAGUCAUUACUCAUACCUGCUCUUCACUCCUCCAUCAGCCUGAGGUUUAUCCAGUGAAACCGCAGGAAAAUGUUACAUGACAAAUACUUUCUGAUAAGUGCUGUGCUGCCAGAAACUGCCACAUGAAGUGAUGAAAGGAUGGAGGCAAACUUUAACGGAGUAGUUCGACAUUUUAGGGAAUUUGCUUAUUCGCUUUCUAGCAGAGACUCAGAUGUUUGGAUUGAUAGCACUCUCAUGUCUGUCCAUUGAAUAUGAAGCCACAGCCAGGAGAUGCUUAGCUUAGCUCAGCGUUACGACUCGAAGCAAGGGGAAACAGAAAGCCCACACUUGGCCCCAAACAGGGGCGCACAACCAGUAGAGGUAAAUCAGGCAAAUGUUUGGGCCCCCAAAAAAGAAAAGGGCUCCUCAAUGUCCACUCAUAGUAGCACAUUUUGUACGGUGGUGUAGUGGUUAGCAUUGUCGCCUCACAGCAAGAGAGAGCCUGGUUCAAACCCAAGGUGGGG